ACUCAAUCGCUUCAGCCGCUCACUUAGUUGCCCGUUGCUCGUCCAGAUGUCUCGACCUAAGCCUGCGUUGGUGGUGCUAUCACUGUGGUUGGUGGUGCUGUUCCACCUCCACCCCGCAGAGGCGCGAUACGCCGGAUCCAUUCCGGAUAUUUGCAACCAGCCUCCUCCUCGAUCCGAUGGCGUUGGCACCAUAGAGUUCGAGGGCUUCUACUACGAUCCAGUCACGUUCGAUUGCCAGAAGUAUUCCAUUGGAUCCCGUCACCUAAAGCCCGGGCAGAGUUUUGGUAGCCGACAGGACUGCGUUACCACCUGUAUUCAUGGCUUUGGCAGAAACAAAGACAGAUAUGUUAAUGAAUAAACGAAAUAAAAUAUACUAUGAAUGAAUAAGUUUACUGGAA